GAGUUCGAUUUCUCUCCACUUCUGAGGAGCAGAUGAAGGCCAAAACCCUAGCAAACCCAAAAGGGCGAAGGCGAGGGAGGCCGAGAUCCUCAUCUGCGGUGGCGGCAACAAUGGAGGCGACUACUCCCACCGGCGAUCUCACCGUCGAGUUCGACCAUGUCUCCUUCCCCUCCACUCCAUGUCCUCCGAUCCCCCCUCCCGCUUCCAAAAUCUUCUUGAAGCCGAGGAUGGCCGUGAGCCCGCCCUCGAACUUGAUGACGGAGGAGCGAACGACAAGGACUGCAUCCUUAGCCAAGAUUUCUUCAGCACUCCGGAUUACAUUACACUAGAAGGACCACAAAUCGUCAACAAUUUCGAGUUCAAUAAGGAGAAUAUACCUUGUCCCAGAUCACCGGAGAAAUCGAUCAAUGGCUGUUACUGCUGAUGGCUCCCCAUGUAAUUCACUGUCCACCAAUCUUCAAUGUUCUGAGCAGGGUGCUGAAGUCCAGCUGGAUGCUCUUGGCCCAGAAACUCGGGGAGGCAAGUCAAUACAAACUAGGUCACAGAAGAAAAGAAACUAUGUUUCUCAAAGAAAAAAAAUAAAGGCAAAGAGAAGAAGCCUUUUUGAUCUUAUAUAAGAGGGGCAGGUUUGUGAAUCUAAGCAUUAAAUCAAGGAUCCUUAUUUAAUCCAAAGCAUUAAAGACCCAAUUUUUAUUAAGGAUAUAAUAAUAAUUACACAUAAUUUUUUUCAGAAAAGUGGAUGGUCAAUCAAAUAUAAGCGCUCUGAAAGUCUGUCACUUUUCCAUGAUCAACCAAAUAUGCCAAAAGUACUUUUCUAGGCAUCAUCUUUUUAGGAAUCUGCUUUUCAAGAAUCAUAUUUCUUUGAGAAAAGAUGCUUCCCGCGAACCAAACAAGCUCUAAGAGUAUUUUUCAUUUGAACUCAAGAGUCCAUAUCUAUAAAAAGAGCUUGAUGUACCAGUUACGAAUACUACACCAUACCAUGCAAUAUGAUACUCUCUACUUUUUUUAUUUCAAGUCUUAUCCUUC